AAACCAAAAGCUGAUCUUGAGGGCAGAAAAAUGUGUUCAGGCUUUUGAAACUGGUUAUAUGAGCUGUACCUGAGCUCUUAUCGUGGCCCUUUUGGAAAUCCGUUCUCCGGCUUGCAUCCAGUAUAUAAAAUAAUAUACACCCAGUGCCACUUAUCGAUCAUCUAUCUCAACCCUCAUUCCUUCAACUAAAGAGUGCCAUUGGAGGGCAUACCAAUAUACCUCUUUUUCCCACGAUGGCAGACGCACUUGCAAAGAUGAACCGCCGCAUGCGGGCCUUCUUCCACAACAUCAUGACGCUCUUGAAGCGCAUGAUGAUGAUCCCUUCGCGGGCAGGGGAUGCAUCCGUCGCGAGGCAAGAGUCCUUCAGCAGCUCCAAACGACGCCGCCGGUCGCUCGAUGAUUUGUCGCAAGAGGUGGAUCGCCUUUUCACAGGACACCUGGGCGUUUCGAACCUGCUCUCCAUGUCGAAAAAGAUCCGAGCUCAGAUCGACAUAGGUGCGAAGACUAGUCCAGUCUGCAUGUUGCCAUCGUUCAACCAUACGCUACCCACUGGAAAGGAGUCCGGAACGUACAUCGCCAUGGAUCUAGGAGGUUCGACUUUCCGAGUUGCCCUUGUUGAACUUUCAGGAGGUGGGAAAAUGAGGAUUGUGCGUAUGACUUCUUCUGUGAUUGAUGAGACUGUGAAGAAGCUGGAGGGGAAGGCUUUCUUUGUAUGGAUGGCGGGAAAGAUCGAGGAGAUGUUAAGUGCCGGCGAGGAGAAGUAUGGUAUGGAAUCGGAACCCUUGCCAAUGGGACUAUCGUGGUCGUUCCCGAUCGACCAAACCUCGAUACGUAGUGGGCGUGUCAUUGCAAUGGGGAAGGGAUUCCUGUGUUCUAACGGCACUGUGGGUGACGACCUGAGCGAGUUGAUUAUGGAGGCUUGUAGGCAGCGGAAUCUUAAUGUUCGCAUUGACGCGAUCAUUAAUGAUAGCUCCUCGACACUCCUCUCGCGGGCAUACGAGGACACAUCGACCCGAGUCUCUUUGAUAUUGGGAACUGGUACCAAUGCUGCCAUCCAUUACCCAGUCCAUGCCAUAGGGCUGGACAAGUUUGGAACUCGGCCAGCUGAAUGGUUUGCUCAAGCGGAUCAUGUCAUUGUCAACACCGAGCUCAGCAUGUUUGGCGGUGGUGGGGUUUUGCCAACUACGAGAUGGGAUGAUGUCCUCAACCAGACACAUAUAAAGCCUGAUUACCAACCCCUGGAAUAUAUGUGCACAGGGCGAUAUCUCGGCGAGAUCGUGCGUCUCAUCGCAGCCGAAGCGGUGAAGACAGCAGGCCUGUUUGGAGGUACUCUUCCAGAAUCCCUCCAAGUCCCAUACACGUUCGACACCAGCAUCGCCGCGUUCAUCCAAGCAGACACCUCUCCCUCCUUAGCGUCUUCAUCCGCCUACCUCCAAAAACACCAUACUUUCGCCACUGCCCCAUCUCAAGCGGACCUCUUAUUCCUUAAACAAAUAUGCACCUCCGUCACACGAAGAGCAGCCGCCUAUCUCGCCGCAGCCAUCCAUGCCUUAUGGUGUCUACGAAAUUCUAGCGAAGCUCCCGCCCUCCCGCCAACGCCAGACUCCGUCACAUCCUCCUCUACAUCAAACGACAACGGCAACGGCGAUGUCAAUUCAGAGAUGCCAUCCGACCUAAACAAGAAGCGCACCAACAACACCAACACCACCAGCACGACCACUGCCACCGCCACCAGCGACUACAACGUCACGAUCGCUUGCGACGGUUCCGUCAUCAACAAAUACCCGGGUUUCCAUGACCAGUGCCAACAAUUCCUCAACGACCUGACUCUCGAACGAGAUCCUUCACAGCCCUCCCGCCCCAUCUCCCCACCAGACUCAGCCACAACAUCACCUUCCAAGCAGGCAAUCACCACUGUAAUAACUUCGUCGCCAUCCAUCACGCUUGAAAGAGCCAAUGAGAGCGCUAUCUUUGGUGCUGCGGUUGCGGUUGCUGUUGCUGUUUCAGAACAUUAGACUUUUUGCGUUCUUGCGUUUUUGCUAUUUUGUUUUCAUUUGAGAUCAUUUUUAUUAUUAGAGAGUUUCUUCUUUUCGAAAAGAAAACACACCUCCUUUUUUUCACACCCUUUUUUUCACACCCUUUUUUUCACACCCUUUUUUUCUCCCCCUUUAGCCCCUUCAUCUAGUCAGGAUGGGAACGUACUCUAAAAUGAUGAAUUCAGAUCAAUACCAAGACCAGGUUGAGGAUUGUGUUUUUUACCAACCAACUUCCUCCUUCUCUAUCGCCUUGAUUUUAAUUCUGAUUUUUGUAGGCAAUCCCCCCUUACUCUACACCUCCCUUACCCCCACGGCCCCCACGGCCCACACCCCCACAUUUUCUUGUCGAGAGCGAUUCAGA